AUGAUUAUUGAAUUAAAGAUAGGGUCACAAUCACUUAAGGUUGACAAAGAGUUAUUAGCACGGUACAGUGAUUACUUUGAUGCAAUGUUCACCUCUCCUUUCUCGGAACAGUCUAGUGAUGUCAUCACUUUAAAACACAUCAACUUCAGAUCUGUUAAAGUUAUUGUUGAUUACAUCUACAGUGGAAAGCUGGUGUUAAGUCCGUUCAAUAUAGAGGACGUGUUUCUCACUGCAGAUUUUCUACAAAUUCCAACAGUCAGACAAAGAUGUUUGGAAUUGUUUGGAAAACAUUUAGCACCCAACAACUGUAUAAAUAUCUACAAGCUUUCAGUACAGCACGGUUUAAAGAACACUGAGAGAUCAGCAGUUAGAAUAAUAAUGAAGUGUUUUGAAGAGAUCUACGAGGACAGUGAUUAUUUAGAUUUCUCCAGCAAGCUCCUGUUUUAUUUGUUAUCAGACUGUGAUCUCAACAUUUCACAAGAGAUCUUUGUUUUUAGCGCUAUUGAGAGAUGGAUUGGUCAUGAUCCUGUCAGCAGGAAAUUUUACAAAGAAGAGCUUCUCUGCUGUUUAAUGGUGGAUCUUCUCUCGAAUCAGGAAUUACACAAGGUGAUAACAAGUGACCUGGUGAAGAACUCCCCGGACGUGAAGCAGCAUUACAAAGAGAUAUUAUCAGCAUCAUCACGUGACAUGUCAGGGAAGCGGAGGAACUUUAAGGGAGGUAAAGGGUUGGGUAAAGAGAGACUGGGUAUGAUAAACGGGCGAGUGUAUAUUAUCGGGGGGCUCGCAGACACGAAAGUCCCAUCAGACGUUGAGGUGUUUAUCCCUCACCACACGAAGCUAUCACGUGACCCCAACACUUUCGUCCGGAACACCUUCACACCAGCGGUUGAUGACGUCACAAAAACACACAGUGAUGACGUCACAGUGAUGACGUCACAGCUCCCAGUCGUUACAGUGGAAUGUGGCGGAAGGAAUGUAACCAGGAGUUAUGGAGGUGGAGCUACUGUUGUGGACGGGGCUGUGUACUUGGUGGGGGGUCGGUCUGAUAGUGGUGUUUCUGAUAAGUUGUACCAGUUGGAGUUGCACUCACAACGGUACAAAGAGGUUGGCAAAGUGCCAGUUUGGUGUGAUCACGUGACUGUUACCAGCUCUGAUAAGAAAGUGUUUGUUAUCGGGGGUUAUCAGCUCUCUGAUACUGGAUCUCUUACUCCUUCAUCUCUUGUUCAGAUAUACGAUACAGCUUCGCAGGAAUGGACAACAGGUCCAGAGUUGACUGUCCCCCGGGCUCAUGCAACAUCCAUCGGUAAAAUACAUUUGCUUUACACAUAG